UCUUUCUCGGUUCGAAUUUGUCAACGUUAUAAUUGCUUUGCUCAAUCUAUGAUAAUUAUUCUCACUUUUCACGAAACGUCACACAGUGAAUCGAUAAUUAGCAGACGAAAAGUACAAAUUCACAAAUGGACCUCAUCGAGGAAAAAUUAUGGAUUGGAGGUUUGUCUUCAGCUCUGGAUAAGAAGCUUUUGCGUGAUCAUGGCAUCACAAACAUUGUAACUGUCGAUAUCAAACCUCUGCCCCCUAACGGACGGCUCUAUUACCUGUUUGUCCCGGCCCAUGAUGUGAGCAACCAGGAUUUGUUUGUUUGUUUUGAAUCUGUCUUUGAAUUCAUUGAAAAAGGAUUGAAAUCAGGUGGUGUCCUUGUCCAUUGUUUUCAUGGAGUGUCCCGGAGUGCCACGUUAGUCAUCAGCUACCUUCAGAAAAAGCACAAAAUUUCAACUGAGGAAGGCUUGGCAAGACUUCAAGCUGUCAGACCAUCUGUCAUGCCCAAUGAAGGCUUUAUGGCCCAACUCAGGCUUUAUGGAGUGCUUAUGGAACUGAACAAAAUGGACUCGAUUGUCUCUAGAUGGUACAAUUUACAACAAACGGCUAACUUGCAUUGUGGUACUCCAGUGGCCCCUCCACCAGGAGAAUUAUCACGCCAAUCAACACUGAAGUGUAAAACCUGCAGGUAUGUCCUAGCUUAUGGCGAAGAUGUUUUAUAUCACAGACCAGAGGAAAAUCCUGACUGGAGGGAUCUUUCUUGGGUUCGAUUUGCUCUUUCCAACCAGCAGAUAAGAAUAGAUUCCUGCCGGCAAGCCUUUUUUGUCAUCCCACCACCUUGGAUAACUGCUAGUUCUGCACCACAGGGCAAACUACUAUGCCCAAAAUGCCGAUGUAAAAUCGGAGCGUUCAGCUGGAAUCAGAAUCUAAAGUGUCCGUGCGCUGCAUCGUACCAACCGGGUUUCUACUUCACCCCUUCAAAAGUCGACUUCAUCGCCAGCAAGUGA